UUGGCAUGUUUUGACGUGUCGUUGUUUCCGGCUGUUCCGUCAUUCACACUUUCAAACAUGGAGUCUAUUUUCCACGAAAAACAAGAGGGCUCUCUGUGUGCGCAGCACUGCUUGAACAACCUCCUGCAGGGAGAGUACUUCAGUCCGGUGGAGCUGUCGGCGAUCGCGCAGCAGCUGGAUGAGGAGGAGCGCGUGCGCAUGGCUGAAGGAGGCGUUCAGACGGAGGAGUACAGGACCUUUCUGCAGCAACCGUCGGGAAACAUGGAUGACAGCGGCUUCUUCUCCAUUCAGGUGAUCAGUAAUGCUCUGGGGGUUUGGGGUUUGGAGAUCAUUCUGUUUAACAGCAGAGAGUACCAGCAGUUACGGAUCGAUCCCAUACAUGAGAAGGCCUUUAUAUGUAACUAUAAGGAGCACUGGUUUACGGUGCGUAAGCUGGGACAGCAGUGGUUUAAUCUGAACUCGCUGCUGACCGGACCGGAGCUCAUAUCAGACACAUACUUGGCUCUUUUCUUAGCGCAGCUACAGCAGGAAGGUUAUUCCAUAUUUGUGAUCCGGGGAAGCCUGCCAGAGUGUGAAGCCGAUCAGAUUUUGCGGAUCAUGCGAGUGGAGCAACAACAGCGGCCGAAGCUGAUCGGAGAGGACGAGGCCCAGAGGAUGUCAGUGCAGCAGACGUCAGACCCCGGACACACCGCAGAUGAAGUGCUGCUGGAUGAGGAUGAGGAGGAGCUGAGGAAGGCUCUGGCUCUCAGCAGACAGGGCAUGGAGGUGGAGGACGAGGAGGCCGACCUGCGCAGAGCCAUUCAACUCAGCAUGCAGGGUGGCAGCGAUCCUGCUGUGACGGCCGGCUCGUCUCAGGAAUCAGGAGGCAGCGAGGAGCAGGCGCUGACAGCGGAGGAGCUGCGCAGGAGGAGACAGGCCUACUUCGACAGGCAGCAGGCUCAGUCCUCCGCUCACCACAGCAGCUCCGCCGGCGGAGAGAAGGACAGCGGGACCAAACCCAGCCAGUGACGGUCCAUCAGCGCCGGUGACAGAUGCCCUCGACCCGAGCUCUCUCUGGGAAUGCUGGGACACUCACACCUCCUCUCAGAACUGGCACGGGACCGAUCGGGUCCUGCUGUGUAAUAAAGGGACAUUCGUUUAGCUUCGCUUCUCCUCUUUGAGUUGGACGAGGUGAAAGGGAAACGUUUCCCGGAUCAUUCCUCUUCCUCAGACGGACACACGAGCGAGACGAGACGGCGUGAGGAGGGAGCUGUCAGCGCUGGGAUCACUCCUGCAUUCUGGGACCGUUGGGCUUUACUGGGGUUACUGGAUCUCUCUGCUCUUCUCCUCUGUGGACUCUAGUGAAGACCUUCUGCUGGUCACCGGUGAUUCAAUCUCACGCGCCCUAGUUAGACAGCACAGUGUGCGUGUGCAGAUCAGUCAUCGUUCAGAUUCAGACCUUCACUUGUUUUAGUCGUUCAUCAGUCGUCCCUCAUUUGUUGGCAGGCAGCAGCUCUUUUGGAUCUAGGUUGUGAUUUCUCAUGGUUUUCUAUGAUUUCAUGCGUUUGGUGGCACAGCAGCGUUUCUGAACUCGUUUCACAUUCAGCAGUAGUUUUUAAGUGAUUGGUUGUUCUCGCACUCCUAUAUACACAUAUUGUUUCUUAAAUAAAAACCUUUCUUUUUCCCCUGAGUGGAUGUUCUUUGUUUCUUCUCUUGAUUCUGUGAGUCUCUUGAAGACGUCAGAUGUUCCUUCAGCGUUUAGUGCUGGAGUUUCAUUCCCGAUGGAAAGAAGAGCGAGUCUGUCAGUGAAUACUGUGUACAAACUACUGUAAAUA